AUGAUUGGUACUGAUCUAAAGGAGGCCAUGUUCGGCCUGAGCGCUUGCCUCCUUGUAAAUCUACCCUUGAAUCUCCAUGUCAAGAGAGCCAACUACCAGGAUGCAAUACAGAGAAAAUCUCUUGUUCAAUUUCAGUUUGUUCCAACGCCACACGAACACGACAAUAUUUCAGGGGUACGAGAAUACUACAGCUUCAGCACAUUAUCCAAGGAUUUUGAAGAAUUGUACAACAAUCCCGCAACAGCAGAUGUAACUCUGAAGAUAGGCAUGGACGAAUUUCCGGCACACAAGUUGGUGCUCAGAAGUCGAUCGAAAGUGUUCCAAAAAAUGUUCGAACACGAUAUGCAAGAAACUCAACAGGACUUGAUUUGUAUCUGCGAAAUGGAAGUGAAUACAUUGAAAGAUUUACUCCGUUACAUGUACUGUGGAAAAGUGCGAGAGUUGCCUUUGGAAGAGGCUCUCAAUUUGUACAUGGCCGCAGAUCGGUACGAAUUGAUGGAACUGAUGGGCAUAUGCCGGGAACUAAUCGCGAUUGGUAUGUCAACGAAAAAUGUUUGCAGAAUAGCUGAGAUUGCUAAUUUAUGCGACGAUCAAUUGCUAAUAGACAUUAUACAACCUUUUCUAAAAGAAAAUUUACAGAAUCUUGUAAAGACAGAAGAAUGGAAAAAUUUUUCUAUUAAUAAGCCAAUGUUUUCCUUAAAACUACUUGAAUGUGCCAUUUCAUAA